AUUUCAGGACAUGGAUGAUUUUGAGCCGGGCAGGCGCAGCUGCAGGCAGAGUCUCCAGUACCACAACAAGCGGCGGCGCAAGGGGGACCUCAAAACCCUCUGCACACCACAGCUGGGCACCGGCGGUUCAGCAGAGGAGGGCCGCGACAAGAGGGGCCCGGACUCAGGAAGAACGGCGAGCAUGGGAGGCGGUGGAGGGUGGAGAGGAGAGGAUCAGCGGCAUGGGGGCACAGGAUCAUCCAGUGAUAACUCCGGAGACCCACGUGCGGCAGGCUACAGCCUUGCUGGUCAACCUGGUCAACUUGGUCAAACUGGUCAACCUGGUCAAGCAGUCGGGAACCGCCGCGUGGAGGAAGACCAGCAGCAGCGCAACAGCGACUCGAUGCAAGUUGCUCUCGCCAGUGCUGACCUGGUGCUGAGUCAGGGGCAGUCAACGCUUCCGCUCCACCAGCAGCAUCAGAACCGUCCACGGCUGAGCCCGCCGCUGCCGCCUCGCAUGCAGCAACCCAGUCAGGCCGGGCGGAUGAUUCAGGUGCUUGCCCCACCACCACAGCAGCAGCACACGGUUCUUUCUGUGACCCAUGGAUGGGGAGACGUGCAGGUGCAGCGGCACAUGCCCGUCUCGGCGACAGCGGGCGCAGCGAGAAUGCUAGCAACAGCAAGAGCGGCGGCCAACUCAGGAGCAGCGGGGGAUGGGGUAUCGUCAUCGUCUGGCGUUUCUGCCUUCCGAUCAUCUGCAACGCCUCCUGCAAACACCAGCCCGCUUUCCGGCCAGUAUUCCAAUCAACAGCACUCAGCACGCCUCGCCGCGAACCCAAAAGCCACCGCCGCCUUCCUCCCUGCCGCACUCCAAGCAGCACAGAACUCAACAGUGCCUGCAGAAACACUGUUCAGCCAUGGCCGCACAGUAACAAGUCCGGAUACGGCCCCUCAAUCCUUUGAUCCUGCUGCUCCUGUCACUGCCGCCACGGCUGCUGCUACUGCCGCCGCCGCUGCUGCUGCUUCUGCUGCUGCUGCUGAUGCUGCUGCUUCAGGAGCUGCUGGCAGCACUGUGGCUGCUGAAGCACCAUGCGCAAUGCCGCACAGCACCCCUCCGUUCACUCCCCAGCCCUUUUCCAUUCCGCUGCUGCAGCCACAGGCGCAGUGGCAUGUGAAUGGGCGUCAACCAAGGCAGACAGUCGAAGAGCGUGAGGUGGAUCUCGGGUUUGGGAAGCUUGGCUUUGGAGACGCGCGAGCCGAGGUGACUUUUGAGUUGACUCAGAAGCUUGGCUUUGGGGACGCGCGAGCCGAGGGAGGAAUGGGCGGUGGGAGAUGGGGAAUCGGGAGAGAGGGCGAGGGAUUGGAGGGGCAUGGGGAGGGAAUGGAUGUUGGUGGAUGGAGAGCAUCAGAGGCUCAUGAGUCUCACGCUGUUGGAUGUGACAUGAGUGCACUCACUGCUGCUGCUGAUGCUGGUGCUGGUGGUAACGGUGGUGCUGGUGGGCAUGGUGGGAAUGGUGGGGCUUGCACAGCAGCAGCAGCAGCAGCAGCAGCAGGUGGGAUGCAAGGAGGGAUCGGAGAAGGACAGAACGUCAGAGGCUGGGAGGGAGGAAGCCACGGGCAGGGUGGAGCAGAGGAAGGCGAGGGGGGGUUGACAGGGGAGCUGAGGGAGCUCGAUUCCUUGGACUUUGCUCCGUGGCCUGGCGGUUAUGGCGGCUUUGGUGGGGCUGAUCUUGGCGACAGCUAG